UGAGGCGAGGUCUCUGCAAAGCCCAGGCUCUGGGGGUUCCAGCCCGGGCCUCUAGGGACAGAGCUGGGACUGGCGCUUCUUGGCGGCUCCCGGCUCUUCCCGGAGAGGAAAGCCGUGAAGCUGAACCCCCACCUCCCCCCACCCCGUGCAGCUCGGGGUCGAACCUGCCACGCAGGCGCCCGCUACGCCGCCGCCAUUGUUGCCUGUGCUGCGCGGACCCGGCCGAUCGACAUGUACUGAUGUCCCUGCGAGUGUCCACGGGGAGGCCGGGCCCAGGCGAGGCCGGGAAGGGGAGGCGGCUGAAAGCGAGGACGGCGCAUCUCCUCGGGGCAUGACUGCGGAUGAGCUGGGAGUUGGAGCCCCAGACAAUUGAUAUAAGACUAGCCAACACAGAGGCUGUUGGUGAAAGUACAGCCCAGUUUCAGUAAAAGACCCCAACAAUUUGGAGACGCUAAUACCACAGGGUGAUCACCAAGACACAGCAGCAGCAGUGGAGUGAAGCCAGCUCAAGCCUAGAAGACAAGCUGUGUGUGCUGCAGAGGACAGGGCUGGAGAGAUGACCCAAGCCCCUCGAAAGAGCCCAGAAGAUCGGCCUUGCUCAUCCUUCCAAGCUCUGAACUCAGAACUUGUUACAAGCUGCUAGUUUUACUGUGGUUCCAUUCUGGCCCUGGCUGCACCAGCCCUUGAGGAAAAAAAAUAAUAUUAAUUGUGUGACUGUAGCAUGAGUCUUCAAGCAGUUGGCUCAAUACUGGAAAAAUAAAAGAUCCUACCAGAUCGGUUCCCCUGUCUAUAGCAAUGUUAGCCUCAAGAAAGAGGAUGACCAAUUCUUCACACUCACAGGUCUUCCUAAUGUGGAAGCCAGACAAGGUCCAAAACGGGCCCUACAGUGACGACAAGCAAACACUCACGUCAAGACUUGUGCGUGACACUGAGACCUGUCGACAGAAUUUUAGGAAUUUUUCAUAUCCAGAUGUGGCAGGUCCCCGGAAAGCAUUGAGUCAGCUCCGAGAGCUCUGCCUGAAGUGGCUGAGACCUGAGGUUCACUCCAAGGAACAAAUCCUGGAGUUGCUGGUGCUGGAGCAAUUCCUGACCAUCCUGCCUGGGGAGGUUCGGGCUUGGGUAAAGUCUCAGUACCCAGAGAACAGCGAGGAAGUGGUGACUCUGGUGGAGGAUGUGACUCAGAUUCUAGAAGAGGAAGCUCCUCAGAAUCCCACCCUUCCCCAGGAAGUCCCAGAGGAGGAACCUGAACACACUUUCCAGACAGGGUGGUUCAACGACUUGGUGACCAAAGAGUCAAUGACAUUCACAGAUGUGGCCGUGGAUAUCACCCAAGAGGACUGGGAACUGAUGCACCCCUUUCAGAAGGAACUCUAUAAGACUGUGACUUUGCAGAACUAUUGGAACAUGGUUUCUCUAGGACUGACCAUCUACAGGCCAUCUGUGAUUCCCAUCUUAGAAGAGCCGUGGAUGGUGAUAAAAGAAAUUGUAGAAGGCCCUAGCCCAGUUUCAGAAUGGGAAACAAAAGCUCAAGCACAUGUCCCAUUAAAGGACCUUCCUAAACUCAAACACGAUGGAACCCAGACCGUCAAAUUGGAAGAAGUCUAUGACUAUGAUGACAAAUUAGAGAGGCAGCCAGUGUAUGCCUUAAGGAAGAUGAACAUGGAUGAAAGAGAUUUCAGUUUGAAGUCAGAGAUCUCACAAGAAGACCCUACAGAAGACUAUCUUAGCGAAUAUGAUAUAUAUAGUAAUGAUUUUGAAAAGCACACAAAUCUAAUUGUACAGUUUGAUACUGAAUCAGAUAAUAAAACUUCCCUGUAUAAUGAAAGCAAGCCAACAUUCAAUAAUGUCUCACCUGGUAUUAUACAUGGGAAAAUACUUCCUGGAGAUAAGCCUUAUUCAUGUAAUGUCUGUGGAAAAAAAUUUAGGAAAUACCCAUCACUCCUGGCACACCGAAAUAGCCAUGCCAAAGAGAAAUCUUAUGAAUGUGAAGAAUGUGGGAAAGAGUUUAAGCAUAUCUCAUCCCUCAUUGCACAUCAGAGAAUGCAUACUGGAGAAAAACCAUAUGAAUGCCACCAGUGUGGGAAAGCCUUCAGCCAGCGUGCACACCUUACUAUACAUCAGAGAAUUCAUACUGGAGAAAAACCGUACAAGUGUGAAGACUGUGGAAAAGACUUUAGCCAGCGUGCACAUCUUACUAUACAUCAAAGGACACAUACUGGUGAGAAACCAUAUAAAUGUUUGGAAUGCAGUAAAACCUUUAGCCAUAGUUCAUCGUUGAUCAAUCAUCAGAGAGUUCAUACUGGAGAAAAACCUUAUAUAUGCAAUGAAUGUGGGAAAACUUUCAGUCAGAGUACACACCUCCUUCAACAUCAAAAAAUUCAUACUGGGAAAAAACCAUAUAAGUGCAAUGAGUGUUGGAAGGUGUUUAGUCAGAGCACUUACCUUAUUCGACACCAGAGAAUUCAUUCCGGAGAGAAAUGCUAUAAAUGCAAUGAAUGUGGAAAGGCCUUUGCUCAUUCCUCAACUCUUAUACAACACCAAACUACCCACACUGGAGAGAAAGCCUAUAUAUGUAGUGUAUGUGGGAAAGCCUUCAGCCAGAGUGCAAACCUUACUCAGCAUCAUAGAAUACAUACUGGAGAGAAACCAUAUAAAUGUAGUGUUUGCGGGAAAGCCUUCAGCCAGAGUGUGCACCUGACUCAACACCAGAGGAUUCACAAUGGAGAAAAGCCCUUUAAGUGUAACAUAUGUGGGAAAGCAUAUAGACAAGGUGCGAAUCUUACUCAACAUCAAAGGAUUCAUACUGGAGAAAAACCCUAUAAAUGUAAUCACUGUGGAAAAGCUUUUAUUUAUUCUUCGUCACUUAAUCAGCAUCGAAGAAUUCACACUGGAGAGAGACCCUAUAAAUGUAACCAGUGUAACAAAGAUUUUAGCCAGAGAACAUGCCUUAUUCAACACCAGAGGAUUCACACAGGAGAGAAGCCCUACGUAUGCCUUAUAUGUGGGAAAAGCUUCACCCAGAGUACCAAUCUUAUUCAGCACCAACGUGUUCAUACAGGUGUCAGACACCGCAACAGGUGCCAGAUACCACAGUUAUUUGAUAUGACUUUGUUUGAGUUUUCAGACUUGAUUGCUUAAAUUUCAUUUUGUGUGCUGUGUCAAACUAUUCAAAAAAAAAAACUCAAGUGCAAUAUGCUAGCUACCAAUAGUAGCAGAAGUACCAGAAUUAGUAAAAAUGGCUCUUGUCCAUUUAGAGUUUAGUGUGAAACUUAAAACUUAAAGCUCCAUCAACUCCUUAGCUUUUGUCUCAUAUCACUUGAAUUCAUUCCAGAAGAAAUACUGUGAAAGGAUAUUUUAAAACCUGUGACUCAUCAACUCUUCCCAUAUUUCAAGUAUGUUUUAUUAAGGCCUUAUGACUAUAACUUGGGCAAGUGUCUGUCACACUAGAUUACUCGCACUAGAGAGUAAUCCUGACAUUAUAGGAAAGAAGAUAUAGAUACUUUGGGGUCUUUGCUUCAUCCUAGCUUUGAAGCCUUAAAAUAAUAAGAGGCCCCUCCCACUUUUUGCUCCCUCUUUUCUCAUUACAGCUUCCAUGUAAAGCCAGUGAACUUGAGGCAGAAACCUGAAAGGCUCUUAAAAGAUCUCCACAUGACCACUGGUGGGUUUUUUUUUUUUUUUUUUUUUUUGGUUUUUAUGAGACAGGGUUUCUCUGUAUUGUUUCGGAGGCUAUUGGUCCAGCCUGGCCUCGAACACACAGAGAUCCGCCUGCCUCUGCCUCCCGAGUGCUGGGAUUCACAUGACCACUGUUAACUGCACUUCCUCCAGGAGAGGAGGCAGUCUGAUAAAGGAUCAGUGUAUACAAAACUCUAGACAUGAGCAGACUCAGACACAGAUUAAACACCCCAGGCUUAAAAUCAUCUUUUUUUUUUUUUUUUAGUUUUUCAAGACAGGCUUUCUCUGUGGCUUUGGAGGCUGUCCUGGAACUCGCUUGGUAGUCCAGGCUGGUCUCGAACUCACAGAGAUCCGCCUGCCUCUGCCUCCCGAGUGCUGGGACUAAAGGCGUGCGCCACCAACGCCCGGCUUAAAGUCAUCUUUAGUACAACAGUAUUUUUAGUUUCACUUGGUUUUAACAUCCAGUGUCACCCUGAAGGAAAAAAAAGACAAGCUCACUGUUCCAUUUUCCCCAGCAGCUUUUAAAUUGACAAGUUUUCCCAUGGCUCUUACUGUAGUGAAGCCAUUUCUUUCAUUGAAACACAUUUCCUAAGAGCCUACUGUGCUCAGGACAGACUUUUUGACUGAACCCUUUCAGUUAACAAAGAUCUGUAAAGAAAAGGUAAGGAUAUGCUCAUAACUACUUGGCCAUGGGACAAGCCUAAUCCUGCCAGAUACUACCCUAUAAGCCAAGUUUCGUGAGAAAUGAACAUAGCUUUAUAAAUAACUUGAGAAUAAGUAAUAGAAGAGAUUCGGUCCAGCGCGGAGAUGGCAAGGGAACAGCAGGGUGGGAAGCAGUGAGGAAGGGAGGUGUCAGGUAGCUGAUGUGACAUGAAACAUAACUGGACCCCCUUUACCUAAGGAAGUAAUGGUGGAAAAAAUUAACCUAUUCAUAGAAAACUAAAAAUGAAAUUAUUUUCAGGAAUAGUUAGAAGCCUGGUACUCCUUCACACAUGGAAGUAAAACAGAAAUUGCCCUUAACGUGUUAGGAAAAUGUUUCUUUGGAAAAAAAAUGUUGAUGCAGAAACUAUCAUUAAGCAGUAAUGAUUAAACAGUAACUGAGUUCAUGGGGCUUGAACAGCAUUAAAGAAAGACUGGCAGGAAUUGAUUUUUAUUUACUGUCCAUAGCAUCACACUUUCAGAAUAUAAAGCAGAGCUCCAUUUUGCUCAUUCUUGUUUCUCCGGUGCCUUGCCAUAUGAUCAGUAUAUGUUGGCUGAAUUGAUGAGUAAAUUAUGUAAAUUAGAGUUGAGUGGUAAGGUAGAGGAGUCACAGGCAUGGAAAGAAAGUUGGUGGGACUGUAAAAUAGCUUUGUGUCGGUGUAUCACAUGUUUAACAAAUAUUCUCUACUGUGUAAUAACAGCUUACCAGUGGAGAAUCAAGCCAGGCGGUAGUGGCGCAUAACUUGGCACUCUGGAGGCAGAGGCAGGCAGAUCUCUGUGAGUUCAAAGCCAGCCUUGUCUACAGAGCUAGUUCUAGGACAGCUAGGACUGUUAACACAAAGAAACCCUGUCUCAAAAAAAAAUGGAGAAUUAAAAGUUGUGAGACAUCAUUGCCCAAUGAAAGUUCCCUUCACUAAAUGAGAAAAAAAACAAUUCUGGUGCCAUAAACACCUAAGCUUACAUUGACAAUACAGCAUCACUAACCCUCAAAGGGGUUGAAGAGAAGGUUGAGGUGCUGCCAUCCUGAGGCUGUAUUUGUGGGAGUGUUUUUUUGGUUGGUUGGUUUGGCUUUUUGUUUUUGUUUUUAGUUGGUUGGUGGAGUUAUUGGCUGGUUUCUUGAGGCAGGGUUUCACUGUGUAGCCCUGGUUGUCCUGGAACUCGCUCUGUAGACCAGGCUGCUUUUGCCUCCCUAAUGCUGGGAUCAAAGGCAUAUGCCACCACUGCCACCACCACCCAGCUGUGUUUUCUUAAUGAAAUUGUCACCUUCUCUUUUCCUGAUACUAAUUACUUGACUUCAUAGUAUUCACAAAAUACUGGUUAAAAAAUACUUAGGUGAUGCUCAUUCCUCAGUUAUGUUAAGGAUAACAAUGUAUUUACUAGUUGCUUCUUGAUGUUGCUUCAUGCCUUGCAUAAUGCUUCUCUCUGCUGGGAUGAGUGUGGUGUGGUACAGGCCAUAGGGCAAUGCUUUGUGUUUCCUGCCUUUGUGUGUUUUAUGUAAAUAAUAUAAAGUCUUCCACUGGUACACAGAGGCAAGUAAGGCUCCUAUAAAAAGAAUAGAACAAUAGUACAGAAUCCUGUCUGUGUGUGUUUUUCCCUCAUUUUAAAGUUGUGUAUCCCAUGAGCAAUUCAACAGAUUUGUGUAAGUAUUUCCUACAACUUUUUAUUAGGAACAUUGCUAAAUAUGUAAAAGGAGAAGUUUAGAAAUCAUAAAAUCCACUGAACCCACCACCUAUAUUUUAAAGUUAAUAUUUUGCCAUAUUAAAAAGUAACUUAAAGACAUUUCACCUCUAAAUAUAUCUCAUAAAACUAAGUCACUCACAUAACUAUAUUACCUAAAAGAAAAUGGGUGGCCUUUUCUAACAUCUGAACACCUAAUCCAUUUUGAUUUCCCCGACUGAGCCAGUGAGUUUCUGCACAUCCUUUAUUGGAUCUCUUUACUCCAGCUAGAACAGUCCCCUCUAUUUUUCUGUUUCCAGGAUGUGUUGAUUGUCACAUUUGGAAUUUAGAUAGAUUAUGCAUGGCUUGCGUAUGGUGUAAUAUAUGUCCUAAAAUGUCUGUAAAUUAUAAGUUGAGGCCAAAGACUUAACCGAGCUCAGGUUAAACAUCUUUAACCAUAGCAUUUCACAGUUGCAGUUCCUCCUUCACUGCCAAAACUCACUAUCAGGUCAACACACUGUUCAUGACGUGACAAUUGGCUAUUGAGGUGGUAACCACCAGGCUGUCCCAAUAUAAUUCUUCCUGUUAUGGUUAACCAUCUGUGGACUGACACUUGAGCAGUGUGGCUGUCCUAUUAACCAACAAUUUUAUUGUUACCUAACAGUAAUCCUCGCCUGGAUCAAUCUUUUCAGUAAGGUCGGCAAAACUAGUGAUUUUCUAUUGCUCUUUCCACAUUUGCUGAGCAGUAUUAUGUAAGGAAGAAUCUUCCUUUGUUAGCUAAGAAUGCAUUAGAAGCAAGAUAAUGCUAGCUCUUCACCACUAAUUAACCAAUUUAGGACUUUUUUGUGUUAUCUACAGUAAUAACAGAUGAGUCAAUGUGUUAGUCAAUUACAGUCACUGUUUCUGUCAACCCUUCUGGUAUUGUCUCUCUAGUCGCUGGUUGCUUUAUUGUCUUCUAACAGAUGAUACCUCAAGUUCAUCCUACAUUUCCAAAAUUGUCCCAAACCUGGAUGGAAGCAGCUGUCCUGGAACUCCUGGCUCUUUAUAAUUAGCUAAUUAGAAACAAAAUUUGGGCACUAACACACACUCAUUGCAACUGGAGUGGCAUUAGCAAAUAUUUACAACCAACUUUAUAAAGAAGAAAUCCUCUCUUCACUCAUUUUGCUGGCUAUAUGUCUAAGUAAUUAAUGAGGAAUGCACUUUUACAGGGGGGUAACUUGGGAACAAACCAAAAGUAAAUUGAAGAACGACAAGGAACAAUUAUGACCACGAAAGGUCUGCUGCAAGGUCAUCAGCCAUUUGUUUGGGGGAAUGGAAUUAGUCAGUUAAUCUGGCAGUGGGUUAAGUGCAGGAUAGUUAAGAAAGCAAGCAGAUAUAUGGUAACUGCCAUACUGUAACCAUUACAUCUCAGUAGCUUUAGAAGCUAAUAGAACCUUCCAUCAUUUUUAUUUGUGAUGCUGGCUUGAACCCAGGGCCUCACAGGUUAAGCUAAUGCCCUACUACUAAGCUACACCACCAGAUCCCUACCAUAUUUCUUUGUGUGUAGGCGUGUGUGUAUGAUGUAUGUGAUGCACUUGUGUAUAUUUGCACAUGUGUGUUUAGGCCAAAGGUCAGUGUUGGAUGUUCUCCUCAAUCAUCCUUCACCUUAUUUUUUAAAUCUAUGUUGUGUGAUGGGUGUUUUGCUUGCAUGUACAUCUGUGCACCGUAUGCAUGUAGCCCUUGCAGCAGCUAGAAGAGGGCAUCAGAUUCCCCUGGAACUGGAGUUAACAGCCACUAUAUAGGUUCUGGGAAUCGAACCCUGGUCCUCUAGUAGAGCAGCCUGUGCUCUUAAUCAUUAAGCUAUCUCUCCUGCCCUCCACCUUAUUUUUUUGAGACUGGGUCUUCUCACUGAAGCUGAACCUCACAGAUUCCACCCGACUGGCAGAACAGCAAACCCCAGACUCAACUGUCCUGUCUCCUCAGCACCAGGUUGCAUAUCUGGCUUUUACAUGUAUGCCAAAGUAUGAACUCAGGUCCUCAUGGCUGCACAACAGACUCCACCAGCAGCCACCAUCCCAGCCCCUGCAUCAUACUUCUUAAGCUAGUUCUCUGAGAAUCUGUUGAAUGCAAACAUAAGCAGUGUUUUGUGUGUUUGAGACAGGGUCUCUAUGUAUAUAGCCCAGGCUGGAACUCCUUAUCCUUCUGUUUCAGCCUCCAUAGUGCUAAAAUCAUCACCAUGUACCAACAGCAGGGCUUAGCAAUAGUUUUGGUUUUGUUUGACUAAGUUUUAGUAUUUAAGCCUUUAAGGUAUAAUGAUUCACUUUUGCUUGUUCUUGUAGCCUUGCAUAAGUCUAUAGAUGGAAUUAGCAUCCUCCAUGUUGCUCUCGACAGGGCUCUGUAUUUCACCGUAUGUACUUGUCCCGUUGAACAUUAGAACCAUUAAAAAUGCUAAGUAUGUUCA